GCGACAUCGACUCGGUGUACCUGCUCAGGGAGCGGCAGCACCUGUACGGCGCCAGGCCACCUUUGACUUCAGCAUCCUGCUGUACCCGAGACAUAGACUGGAUCAACGAUCUCAACAGUUCUAUCCCUCGAAACACGAUGGGCAGAGUACGGAGGUCGCCACGGUGCCGGCCGCUCCUGGGCAGCUACACACCAAGCGCCGACGGCGUGGAGGUGACCUGCGCCGUGAACAAGACGAUGGUGUACCGCGACUACUACCACUUCGUGCCGCUGCGGCCGCAGCUGGAGGCGGCGAGUCUGCAGCGACGGCCGCAGGACGUGGCGCCCAACGUGCUGAUCUUCAUGUUCGACUCGCUGUCUCGGCUGCAGUUUCUGCGCUGGUUCCCGCGCUCGCGCCGCUUCCUCAGCGAUCGGAUGGAGGCGUUCGAACUCGGCGGGCUCAACAAGAAUGGCGACAACACCUGGCCGAACCUGGUGCAGAUGUUCACCGGCAUGGAGCAGGCCGAGAUGAAGCGUCAGUGCGCACCGGAUCCCAAGAAGGACCCGCUUGACGGCUGUCCGUUCAUGUGGAAGGAGUUCAAGCAGGCGGGGUACCGCACGGCCAUGGCCGAGGACGCGCCAGGGAUGGGCUCGUUUAAUUACCUCAAACUGGGGUUCCUGAAGCAGCCGACGGACUACUACACGCGGCCCACCAGCCUGCUGUUGGAUGCCAACAUUGCCUACAACAAGCAGCUCAACACGAAACCGAACCUGUGCGAGGGAACGCGAUACAGCUACUUCUCCACCUUCAAGUAUGCGCUGGAUCUCGGCACGCGUCUGGCGGACCGACCGUACUGGGGUUUCGUCUGUCAGAACGUGUUCUCGCACGACUCAUUCAACAUGCCCUAUUUCCUGGACGAGCCGUACUACAAGGUGCUGGAGUCGCUGUUCAGCAGCGGCGCGCUCAAUAACACCGUCCUGGUCACCAUGGGCGACCACGGCCUGCGCUGGGGCCGCGAGCGGCAGACCUUCAUCGGCGGCCUGGAGGAGCGGCUGCCGUUCAUGAGCCUGUACUUCCCGCGCUGGCUGCGUCGCCGCUACCCAGCCGCCUUCGACAACCUGCGGGUCAACCAGCACCGCCUGAGUACCUUCCGCGACGUACCGGACCACUUCUGCACGUGCCUGCGCUCUGAGAAGAUCGCGGCAAGCGACGGACGCGCCACGCUCGCCGCUAAGGCCGUGGUGCGCGAGCUGAACGUGCUGCUGCGCGCGGCCCCGCAGUGCGCGCCGCUGAGGCUCCAGCGCGUGCUCACGGCGCGCAUUGCACAGCCGCUCAAGGGCGAUCCGAAGAAGAGCGCGCCGUUCCUGCGCCAGAUGACGACGGUGCAGCUGCAGACGGCACCGGUCACCAGCGACUGA